UAUGAUAAACACUGGGUGCGCACUCUUCGCAUUUCUCCCUACGUGGUUAUCUUCUUGUUUGCUGUUAUUGGGAACACUGUAGUGCUAGCUGUAGUCUACAGAAACAAAACCAUGAGAAAAACCAUCAACUUCUUCAUCGCAAAUAUGGCGUUCAGUGAUCUAAUAUUCACUGUUAUCUCGGUCCCUCGUGUCGUUACAAUCGUGUCAUUCGGCUAUAAGUGGUUGCUGCAUGGUACAUUGGGCAUGAUAUUUUGCCGUAUGGUACCUUUUGUAAUGGAAAUAACAAUAAUCGUUUCUGUACUUAAUAUUGUUGCGAUAAGCUUAGAACGUUGGCUGGCCGUUUUGUUUCCUCUGCGGACUUUCAUAAGGAAGAAACCGUGCUUGUUGUCCAUAUUUGGGAUGUGGCUUAUCGCAAUAAUCGUUAAAAUUCCGACUCCACUCGCGACAUACAGAUGUACAUCCAUUUCAAGGUGAAACGUAUUGCGUGGUAGACUUCGAUUUAACCUUCGGCGCAGGUUCAGGCAGAAUCUACUUCAAGAUUGUUUUCGUAGCAUUGUACGCCGUUCCCUUUGCGGUGACAUUCGUCUUCAACAUCGCUAUAAUAGCGAUCAUGAACAGAAGAGGAAUUCCAGGAAACUCUAUUUCAGAUGCUGCCUGCAGACGCCACGAGAAAACUAAUCGCAAAGUCAUGAGAAUGGUUCUUGUUGUUGUAGCGGCGUUCCUAAUU